UGUGCGCGCGUAUGCCGUGUGGCAGUAGUAGUCCGAACGAAUAAUCCAUCGAAUUUCACGGAAAUCAAAAGCGAGUAUUUUCCGCAAAUAAACUUCGGAUUGAAAUGAAAGUACAUCGCGCGCGCGCGCGCGCGCGAUAUUAUUAAUUUACGAGCGAAACACACGCGCACACACACACACAUACACAGAGAGAAAUGAAACACAUAAGCAGAGAGGAAAAAAACGAAAAUUAAAAUUACCAUACGAAUAGAGUGCGGAGCUUGAGGAGGCAAACAGUUAGCUCUAGCUCGAGAGACACGGUGUGAAAAAACCGUUAUGCCUCGAAGAAGCAGAAAAAUAAUCGGUGCAUGAGGUCGACAAACAGCUCCCGGUGUCUUGUUAGAAAAGCGUGUACACACACUCCGCGAUGUUUAUUGUGCUAAAAGCGCGACGAAAUUUUAUUUCAAUUUGGUAGAUAUACGGGCACUGCAAUAUUCCCAGAGACAUAGAGCGAGAGCGAGAGAGCAAGGUAAAUUCUUACGGAAUAAGGAAAGCCAGAACGACAUGCAUUCAAGUCGGAGAGCUCGGUACAGCGCUAUGCAGCUCUUCGAGAGAGAGAGAGAGAGAGAGAGAGAGAGAGAGAGAGAGAGAGAGAGAGAGAGAGAGAGAGAGAGAGAGAGAUACGAGACACGGAGAGAAAUCAUAAUAAUGAAAUACAGCCCGCGGAGCGACGGAAGAGAACAUCUUACACAGCAGCGCAAUUCGAGUGGGACUCUAGGCAAAGUGUAUUAAUAAAGGGGGCACGGGGGGAAAGAGAUUGCCCGCUAAAACGACGAAUCGCAACUGAUUCGAGCUAACGAGUUGGAUAUGGGGGAAAGCAAAAGAGAGGAGGAAAAACAAUAAAGUUAAAUGACGCGGCAGCAGCCGACGCGGAUGUUAUACUGUCGGGGAAUUAAGCGCGCGCUCGCGGAGAGAAAGAGUUUCGCGCGAGCUGCGCAGCGCUCUCUGAGCAGAGUCGGUCAACCGGACCUGCAUCGGACAUCGGCUUUAUACCUACUGCAUAUCCACGCAGCACUACACGCAGAGAGAGAGAGAGAGAGAGGUGGAGAGUAUUAAGCGCCGCAUCGGAGCAGCAGCUGUACAAGCGCUCUCUCGACGAGUAGUAUGUACGUCCAUUUGGACACACGCGUCUGCGUAUAUAGCUGUAUAGCUGCGUAUGGCUCGAUCAGAGAGAAGUGCUCUCCCGCGCGCGCGAGAGAGUUAGGAGUUGAGAGAGUGAACGCCAUAGGCGCAAGUGGGGAACGACGACGCUGUACAACGUAGUCGUCCUCGGCGGCGGCGGCGGCGGCAGCGGCAGACACGAAACGGGAAGGAGAGGAAGACACGCUCGCGCCGGUCGGCACCUUCUCGAAAGUAUAAAUGAAGGACAAUGACCUAAUUGCGUGCAGAAUAGCCAAGUGCUUCCGAGCCGACUAAUCCUCGACGCCGAGAUCCGCAGCGACAGACGCUCUUCUCUACGAUCGCAUCGCUGGAUCGGCCGAUUUCAUUUUUUCAACCACCAUGAAGAAAACGAGCUGGCUCUGCUGGCUACUGGCCCUCUCGAUGCUCUGCCUGCAGGCCGAGGCGCAGUACAAGUUCAGGAGGCCGCCGCUGCCGCCGCCUCAGAUUUUCAAAAAGUCCUGGCCACCCGGCCCGAGGAUGCCCCCCAUGGGCAACUCCGUACACAUCGGCCCCAACUUUCCUCACAAGAGGCCGCCGCUCUUCAAGCCGCCUAAUUACAGGUUCCGUCGUCCCCCGAGUCCGCCAGCCCCGCCGCCGUCCCCGAUGUUCAACGUCCUGUCGAACCCGUACAACAAGAGCCCGCCGCUGCCUUCGAACCUCGCUAUCAUGAGCAAUUUUGGCUCGGCGGGCGUUCCACCACCACCGGCGCAACGCGCGCCGCCGCCGCUGCCGCCGCCUCAGCCGACGCCCCCCAAGGACUUCCAGUCGAUCGGCAAAGUUCCGCAACUAUUUAGCCCGGAAUACAAUCGAGCGGAAGUAGUGGCUGCCGCUCUGCAGACUCACAGGGCCGCCCUCGAUGACGACAAGGGCCCGAUACACACGAUACCCGCGCCGAACUUGGCUCCCGGCGCCAACGGCAAGUCCUACCAGCAGCAGCAUCAGCAGCAGCAACAGGCCAACAAGCCGGAAGAAACUCCGCGGAGACCCUACUCCGUCACUCAGGUCGAUUACGCGACGGUUUUCAAUGGCCAAGAUACGGGUAUACUGAACCAGCGACUCGUGCCGUCGUCCCACUCGAGCAGCGUUCCGCAGCAUCAUCAGUACGAGGUGACGGAAUCGAACGAAGUCAACUCGGUGCCGCCGAGCAGCUACUUCACCACCGACUUCGACACCGCGCACUACUCCACCUCGAUCGUCCACGACCAGCAGGCCAACGACGUCUACGCGAGCCACCCCUCGUCGUCGGGCAUCUCGCGGUCGACGCAACAGCAGCAGCUCGACUCGAGCCCGUCCAUGCAGGCCAAUCUCCACAGCUCGAUGCACGUCGGCGGCGGCUCGUCCGCCGCUCAGCAGCAGCAGCAGCAGCAUCAGCAGCAGCAUCAGCAGGCGCAAGGCGCCGCGGAUCUGCACGUGGGCCAACCGGUCGCCGCCGGGCCGCCCAUGUCCGCCGCGAAGCUCUACGAGGUGCUCAACACCUUUCCCGCGCAACUGACCGAGCAGUACUCGCUGAACCAACAGCCGCAGAUACAGCAGCACCUACUGCAGCAGCAGUUGUCGGAGAUACUGCAGGGACAGCAGGACGACCAGAGCGCCGCCGUAAGGGCGACCUUCUCGCAGCCGACGCUGCAUUCCUUCAACUACGAAGAGCAGGGCAGCAAGCGGCAGAAGCAGCAACAGCAGAAUAUAUACAUCGAUCAGAAUUACGCUUCCGGACGAGUGACCGCAGAUUACAGCCUGGCGCCCGAAGCCUCGGAGAUCAGCCAGCAGGAGGUCAAUGUAGCGGACCCGAGCGAGCAGGAGGAAAACAACAUCGAGUUCGAAAGUUCCCUCGGUUUCGUCAAGCCCACGACCUAUUUUAGCAAGAGCGGAGGCGAGCAGAGCGUCGCCUCGCAGUUCUACACUACGCUGCCAAACCGCGACGCGGCUGAGAAACUAGCGGCCCUCGCAGCAGCGGGGAAUGUAAACAGUCAGCUCAUUAGUCAACUUCGAGCCAAGCAGCAGCAGCAGCAACAGUCAAAGGAAAGCCAACAGCCGCAGUCCGACCAGCCGAUGCCGGCGAACCACAAGGACGAGGAGAGCGAGCAGAGCAGCGCGGACAGAUUCAACGAGCGUCAACGCCAAAAGUCCUUCUACGCUAGGCAGAAGAUAAGGGAGGAACAGCAGGCGCGCUGGCAAGAGGAAAAAGACAAAUUCCAACAGCAAAGUCAAGACGGCCAAGACAACAAGCCCUUGAGAAUAUUUGUUCCGGAAGACGGCUCGGAGAAGGAGAGAGAGAUCGCUGCCGAUGAUUAUGAAUACGAGAGCGACGAGGCGGACGUACCGAGGGAAAAUGAGCCCUCGUCGGAAGACACGAAUUUCGGAUCUCGCAUCGUUUCGAAGAAUUGAAUUAGCUCGUCGUCGGGAAAUAGGCGGCGAAUCUAUAUGCAUACCUAGAUAGAGAUUUUUAAAUGGACUUUCGUACUUUUUCCCUCUGCACGUGGGAAGCGAUAUUAUGAGUAUUUUAUGUCGUACGGACGCUCGCGUCUUUUGUCCUCGUAUACAGAAAACCAAAUUGCCUUCUGAUUUUGCUAUAGAUAUCUACCUUAUGCUUAAGAAGUAGGAAUUCAGAAUAGCACCGAUGAAAUUGUAAUUUAAGGAAAUUCGACUGACUAAAACUUUCUCGGUGCAUUUUUACGUUCAAGCGCGAAUCGAGUGAGAAAAUACUUGAUCCCAGAAUCGUUGCAUACAUCAAUGAAUUAUCAAAUACGUUCUGAUGCGUUUAUCGAUAUUUUUAUAAUUAUUUAUUUAUGUAUUUAUUUAUUAUCUAUUUAUUGGUUAGUGAAAUUUCGUGCAGAUAUAGCGAUUCUCCAAUCGUAUUCUGUCCUUGGCAAUUUUUAUAAAAGUGAAUCUUUCUACGGGAAAAAGUGAUCUGUAUACAACUGUAUGCCUUCCUAUAUAUAACAAUAUAUAAACUCUUAUCAUAUAUUGCCAUUAUAUAAUCGUAUACGGCUGUGUAUAAUUUAUGUAUAAUCAUGUAUAACCGCAUAAAUAAGCGUAUAUGAUCGUAUAUGGCGAAGUAUAAAAUUAUUCUCUGGUGAUCAAAUUUAAAUGUAUAUUUAUUUAUUUAGUGAAAAAUGUAAUAGGUGUAACAUUUUUAUCGAAAACUGACGAAUUCGCAUGCAAUCAAAAGAUUCUAAUGACGUCAUUAAAAUACGUGUAUUACUAUAAGGUGUAUUUGAAUAAGAGAAUAAAUUACAAAUAGAUUAA